AUGACAAAUGCUUUAUCGGACGUUAGAAGCGGAAUGUCAUAUAGGGCUGCGUGUCUAAAACAUGGGAUUCCCCGAAUAACACUUAUGCGGAAACAUAAGAGAAACUUACCUGCUAAAACUAAAAUGGGCCCUAAAACAUCAUUUAGUGAAGAGCAAGAGAAUAUGUUAGCUUACUGGAUUCUUACUAUGUCAAAAGCUGGUUUUCCUCUUUCCAAAGAAACCUUUAUGUAUAGCGUUAAAAAACUGGCAACUGAAUAUAACAUUAAGUUUGGCGGGAAAACAACUCCAGGUAGAAAAUGGUAUAAUUUAUUUUGUGCAAGACAUCCAAAUAUUUCCCUAAGAACAAGUCAAAAUUUAACUACAAGUAGACGUUUAGUAUCAGAGGCAGAAAUAUCAAACUGGUUUCAGGAAGUAAAAAGUUAUAUUGAUCAAAAUAAACUAACCACUAUUUUAGACAACCCGAGGCGGGUCUUUAAUACUGACGAGACUGCUUUCUUUUUAAAUCCUAAACCAAGUAAAGUACUAGCUCAAAAAGGAAGUAAAAAUAUCUAUACUUCAGCAGGAACUGAUGAGAAGGAAAACAUUACAGUGCUGCUCACUGCUAUUGCAGCUGGUCAGUUAGCACCACCUAUGAUAGUUUAG